UAGAAAGUGGGCGUGUAUCAGCUGUUCAUAUAAAACAGGACCGAUCAUCCGUCCCACUCACACUGUUAAUUUCUGCUGAAUCGUCUGAAGCAUCUCUUCAUUUCGACACCUAAAGAAAGCUUUCUCCGACGACAAAAACAAGUACUGAAAAGUUUCAGAUAAACUCGCCAUGGAGUUAAUGAUCAAAUUCCUAACUGGGAAUAGUUUUUCCCUGCCCGUGGAGCUGCGCACGACUGUCGGACAGCUGAAGUCCAUGAUCCAAGCGAGGGCGUCGGUGCCCAGCGCGAAGCAGCGGCUGAGUACGCAGAACGGCCACAGGAUCGACCUCACAGACGACUCGCGGACGCUGCAGGACUACGGUCUACAUUCGGGAUGCACAGUCGUCGUGCUGAUUACACAGUCCUACCAAGUGUUUCUGAGAAAUGAUAAGGGCGCGACGCACACGUACGACGUCGCCCCGGGAGAGACCGUCGCCCAGUUCAAGCUCAAGGUGCAAAACAAGGAGGGCGUCCCUGUCCAGCAACAGCGGCUGGUCUACGAAAGCAAGCCGCUGGAGGAUGGCCAUACACUGGAGGAUUACGGGAUAAAAGCAGGGAGCACCAUCAACCUCUUGCUGCGCCUGAGAGGGGGCUGAACGUGAUGGACUGCGCCAAGAUUAAUUAGAUUAAUUUUAAUAAUGUAUUGAAUCGAUGAAGAUUUUGAGAAAUUGUUAUAUUGAAGACUCAAGGAAGGGGACCACAAUGAACUACCUUGCUUUUACUUUUCAGUUGUGUUUAAUGAUACAAAUUAUUUUGUGUAUCUCAUGAAUAAUCUGUAUUGUAUAAUAUGUUGAAGUGUUAAAGGUGAAUAUGCAAGGAUGCUGUCUAUGUUACAAAGGCCACGAUUGGUACAACCCUCUGUCAUAGAUGCAAAAUGUGAACGUUCCCAAAACUAUUUUUUCCUUAGAGAUGUACUGAAUGGAACUUAUAAUGCCUAUUAUACUAUUAUACAUGUGUAAUAUACAUUAUACUAGUACAUACUACUACUAUGGGCUUGUAGCUUAAAGGUUACUGGUUCAGUUCACAGCUAGGACAGUGCUGUUAUGCUUUUGAGCAAGGUGAAUUAACCUGAAUUGCUUCAGUAAAAAUACCUGUGAAGAAAAAAAUUUGUAACUCACUGUGGAUAUGGAAUGUCUGCUAAAUUGCAGCAGUGUAAUGUGAUGGUGGAAAAAUAAACAAAAGGGUGGACAUGA